UGCAUUCGUUUGCCUCUUUUACACUGCGUUCUCUCCGUCUCUUUUCUCUAAAUCUCCGCAGCGCGUGAGAGCACCGGACCGCUCGGACAGUCGGAACGCUCCCCUCGGCUCACGCGAGCGGUGCGAACGAAAAGACGCCCGUGUUGGCGAAUAUGCAGAUAUGCAGUGUUUAUCAAAGGGAGGGGAACGAGACUUUGUUGAGGACUGUUCAAAGUUACAAUGACAUGCAGCCGAGACAAAUAAGUUGGCAGUGAAAUAACAAGGGAAUGCGCUUAGGCUAACCAACGCGACGUGUUGGCGCAUACCGCGCGCUGUCACCAUAGACACAUCGCUCGAGAUGAGACAAAAGGGAUUUUGUUUUACUUUCUAAAUGAUCCGCGCUUCAUCUGCCUGACAAUUUGCCUGAAUGCUUUAGAUGCAUCGUGCAACUUUGCCACGCGUAACCAAAUAGGCGCACGGAAUAGUUGCAUUUACGGGUAUUUGUUUGUUAUUCGGCUGCCACUGUAAACAUACCAUUGUGACAUUUGUCGGUUGUCCGGAUAAAAAAAAUAAAUAAAAUACGUGGAGUAUACCGAGAGGGAAUGUGUGAAUGAUUCAGAAUUCCUCUUGGAGAGAGGAUUCUCAGGCCUCAGUGAACGGAUGCGUCAGAUGUUGAUGAGGCUCGACUAGUGUGGACCGUUGAUUCUCCAGCUGCGUGCGUGUCAAUCUGGUCUCGGUGGUUGGAGGAACGCUGCGACUCUAUCCCUCAUCCAUCGUAUCUCCCUCAUCUGUCUCUCCCUCCCCCUCACGCCGGGGCCCAUGUCUGCCAGCGGAGGGUCCAUGGAGGGAAGUCGAGCCGUGGAGGACGAGGAGGCGCAGGACAGCUGCUGCGGGGAGGAAGACUCAUCCCCGGUGGUGGAACGGAGAAACCGCAGCGGCAUCAUCAGUGCUCCGCUCAGCAAGAGCCUGAAGCGGUCUCGGGCUCUCUCGCAGUAUAUCGCCACCUGCUCGGCUGCCGCCGUGGCUAGUGUUGCAAACGCCAACAGACUCGCUCAGAGCUCCAUGGUAGCUUCGGGUGUCAAAGCUCACCCUACAGCUAGCCAGCACAGGUCACAGGUCGGCUACGCCAAACUGGACCGGGGUGCAUUGGUGUCCGGUCUUCUGGACUCUCCUAGCGGCCUGCAUCUGGCCCAGGCUGCUGAGCUCUUGCGGCGGGCCGGGAUGCUGCUUCCUGUCAGCGACCCUUCCAAUGUUAAUGUGGGCGGAGACAUAGAGACAGUCUCAGCAUCUGAUUCGCUGGGAAGUGUGAUGGACUUCCCGUUGCUUGGUAACGGCGGAGUGGGCGGCAGCUUUCCGUAUCACCCGGGGCUCUUCAUAAUGACGCCGGCGGGAGUGUUUCUCGCAGACGGGGCGCUUUCACAUGUAACGGGCGCAUCGGAACACCAGCAGACGCAGAGCGAGAUUUCAUCGGCCAUCAGCGCCAAUGGGAAGAAAAAGAGGAAGCGGUGCGGUCUGUGUCCUCCGUGCCGGCGCAGGAUUAACUGCGAACAGUGCAGCAGCUGCCGCAACCGCAAAACCGGCCAUCAGAUCUGCAAGUUCCGCAAGUGCGAAGAGCUGAAAAAAAAACCCGCCGGCGGGCUGGAGAAGGUGAUGCUGCCAACCGGAGCUCCUUUCCGAUGGUUCCCGUAGGGCAGCUGGAGCCUCCCCCAUGACUUCCAUCCCAUAAUGAAGGACUCCCGAUGUACGCUGACUCCCGUCACACUUCUACUCGGAACGCCAUGGCGCUUGUUGUAAACACUGGGUGCAAACAAACAAAUAAAACAAACGGAGAGAGGAAUGAAAGCACUAUUUGACGACGAACAUGUCCUGAACCAAAAAUAAACAGAGAAUGGCGGAAUGUCAUUCCGCUUUUUUUUUUUCUUUUCUUUUUUUCCUGUUCCAUUUCGGAACCAUCUGAGUUCGGAAUCUUGCCCUUUAUUGGAUGCUCUGGAACUAUUUGCCGCCAAAUGGAAAACGGACAAUCAUUUUUAUUUGUGUGUUUUAGUGUUUUUGUUUGUCCAUGUGUGGAGAAAUGCCGUAAUUUCGUUUAGAGAAUGUAAUCCCAAGGCUCUGUUUUAAAGCUUGUGAUAAUUAAGGAGCACUAUUGUAAUUUAGCACAGUGGUUCUUACCGACUGCCUCAAUGUUACGAUUGCCUUUAUAUGUUGAGGGUUGCUUUAGUUUUUCUCUUUUUUUUUUGGAUUUGUCAUACAGCUUUUUCUCAAUAUUUGAUAUGAAAAAUGACCAUGAAAAACACUCUGAUGUAGCAUCCCUGACUUCAACCAUGCUUGAAAGGUCCUUUUUUUGAGGAGGGAGUUGUUUGUUUUUUAAUGCUGUAGGAUUACUGGGAUUGGAGGGAAGGUGACGCUGAUGAAACUGCAAUAUUGUAUCCAGCUGGAUACCAGCUAUGCGAAGGACCCGCCUCCUUUUUCAUGUAGCCUUAUGGGAUUGGUCAGACGGAAACCACAGGUUAUUAGCAGACCACGAUCUCCGAAAUUCAGGAAUUUAAUGAUGUGUUAUGAUAAUAUUUCUAAGAUUAGUCUUUUUUAUUGUCGAAUUACCCUGAAGCUUGAGUUCCAGAAGUCGCUUUCACAUGAUUUAGGUCAAGAAUAAUACAGUUUAAACCUUACACUAAAUGUAACAAAUUGUCAUUGAGUUUUCAAGGGGUCAUGAAAUAAGAAAACUAAAUCUACUUGAUCUUUUGACAUGUAAGAGCUCAUAGUACUAUAAAAACAUCCUGUACUAUUCAGAGCUGAACACUUUGUGGUUUCUCUAAAAUCAGCUCUUGUUGAAAGGCUGUCUGCUGAAACUGCAGGUUCUGGAAUGUUGUACUUUAUGAUGUCAUAGAAUGGAUAAGCCCGACUGCAAACAAGAUCAUCGCCCUCUUCUACUUUACUGGCUGUUUAGCUCUGCUAAUAUGCAAAACUGUCAGCCAAUCAGAGCAGUGGGUGUGUACUUCUGAAUCUACAGUUGGCCACGCCCCUUCAAACUGCAGAAAAUAGUCAAGUACUUCUUUAUUAUGAUAUUUUUGGAUAUACAAAUAUUGAUAACAUUAUAAGCGCACUUCAGAGAACACUACAAAAUGAAAGCAAAAUUGAUGACCUCUUUAAACUAAUUAGGAUUACUAGACUAUUUCUUUUUGCAUCAUUGCAGCACAAAGAGCUGUAACAAUUUCUGUGAGGGUCAAAUGCACAAAACAUACAUUGAAUCCCUUUACACAAGUCCUGUGAAAGUGACUUUAGGUCAUCCACAUAACGUGAACACCAUGUUGGAUUAGUGGCUUUUCUUUUAGCUGUAAAUGUCAUUUUGGUGUUUUUUUUUUCUUCUUCUUCUUUCUCCCUCAUUCUGAAAUCCUACUCAACUGGAUCACCCCAGCUGAAAUACUGAUCUAGAUUGAGUGAAAUGCACAAUACCAAAACGAUUUCGAGGCAGUAUCCAACAGCACGCCAUUCCCGUGCCGUAUGGGGCCAAAUUUAUCGGUCUGCGUAAAAAAUGAAUGCAUGUAUUUGUGUCCAAAGCCAACCGUUCUGAGGUCUUGGCAGUCCUCAAUUUAAUAAACAGAGGUGCAAACCAAA